CCAGUCAGGGAGAAUUGAAUGCAUGCUGAGUGAAGCGGAGUGCAGUUUUUCGACGGACAGUCUGGACGAUCGCGCCAUCAGGGACGAGAGUUCGACGAUAGUCAGCGAAUGUUCAUCGACCAGAACGCUGAUGAACAUCGACGACGAAGGUAAGAGAUGCUUCGACGAGGAAGAAACUACCCCGAAGAGCUUCUUUCUCUCCAGAAGAUACUCGGACACGAUGGAGAUGAACGCCACGGAAUAUUCCUGGGAGCUGAACGCGAAAGGAGAAACUUUCGAGAGAAAUAUCGAGAAAGAAACUCGAUCGGUAACCGCGACAGAAAUUGGCGGGAAAACGACUUCUGGGAAGGUAAGUAGAGCUGUGAGAAAGAAGAAGUCGGAGACUUCGGAGGAGAAAUGUGUCGCAAAAAAGAACGCAGAAACGAAGACAGUGUCCGUGAAAAUGAAACGAGACUCGGUUAGAAGCGCCACGAGUAAAUCUUCCACGCAGAAGACAAAGUUGAGCGCAUCGAGAUCGGUCGUGGAGAAAUCGGCUAGAUCCCCGUCUCCCGUGAGAGAGAAACGCGCAAAGAUUUCGGAGCCCCACGUAAACGAGAAACAAAAAUACGAGAAACAAAAAUGCUCGAAAUUGCCUUGGUUGAUAAGAUCGGAAAAGUCGAGGCGCCUGGCGUCCUCGAAACUGACUAGAGAAAGCAGGAAAGAAGAGUCGUACGCUGGCACGAUCAUCAAGAACAAGGAAAGCGAGAAAAUGAUGGAAUUUCUGGGGGAUCAAACGGGGAUGAAAAUUGUGCUGGAUUUUGACGAAUUCCCACCGCCCAGGUCCGAGAAGAAAAGCCAUUUCUUAAACGUGACAGAGCCAGGAUUCCAUUUGUCGCCCAUCGAGGAGAACAGCGAGGUCUGUAUCGGAAGUGGCCAGUGCAAAGUCCCCGAUAAAGCAACGGAAACCACGUUGGAGUACGAUCACGCGAGAAAAUAUCACACUUAUCCAAAGUCGAGGAUACCUGUCGCGAGAUGGUCCAAGGAACGUCGCUUUGGUAAACUGAUGGAUCCGAAGAUGUAUCCAUUGGAGCCGAGAGAAAUCGAUUUGGAGGCUUUCCAGCAGCUGCACACGGCCGACAGCCAGGAAGAGCUGCAAGAAUUUUUGUUACUGGAGAGUCAGUGUAGCGGAAACCUCGGAUUGGCUGGAAAUAUGUCGACGUCCGAGGUAUCUUGCAGCGAGCAUCACAGCGAGGACGAAAGAGGCACCAUGUCAGAUUACUGACAUUGGAGUCACGCGAGUCGCACAAUCACCAACCAAGACAUCAG